AUGCCGUCUACACACAAUGCCGAGAAGCCCUGGGACACGGAUGAUAUUGACAAGUGGAAGAUUGAGCCCUUCAAGCCGGAGGACAAUACGGCCGGCGCCUUCACCGACGAGUCGCGUUUCAGCACGCUUUUCCCAAAGUAUCGCGAACAGUAUCUGAAGGGGUCAUGGAAGUUCAUCACACAGGCGCUGCAGAAACAAGGUGUUGGGUGCGAGCUCAACUUGGUUGAGGGUUCCAUGACGGUAUGGACGACGCAAAAGACAUAUGACCCGGCGGCGAUAUUGAAUGCGCGCGACCUGAUCAAGCUGCUUGCGCGAAGUGUGCCGGCGCCACAAGCAGUCAAGAUCCUCGAAGACGAGGUGGCCAUGGACAUCAUCAAGAUACGGAAUCUAGUUGGAAACAAGGAUCGCUUCGUCAAGAGGCGGCAGCGUAUUCUCGGGCCAAACGGAUCGACGCUCAAGGCACUGGAGCUGCUCACCGAAACCUAUCUGCUGGUACAGGGAAACACCGUCGCUGCCAUGGGUCCCUACAAGGGCCUCAAGCAGGUUCGGCGCAUCGUCGAGGAUACGAUGCACAACAUCCAUCCCAUCUACGCUAUCAAGGAGCUUAUGAUCAAGAAGGAGCUCGCCAAGGACCCGGAGCUAGUCAACGAGAGCUGGGAUCGCUUCCUCCCCAACUUCAAAAAGCGCUCGCUCAGCAAGCGCCGCGUACCCCACAAGGUUACCGACAAGACAAAGAAGACAUACACACCGUUCCCGCCGGCCCAGGAGAAGAGCAAGGUGGAUCUGCAGAUCGAGAGCGGAGAGUACUUCUUGGGCAAGCACGCAAAAGAGAGGAAGGUACAGGAAGAGAGGGAAGACAAGAUGAAGGACAAGAUGGACGCAAAGCGCAGGGAAAGGAUGAUGGAAUAUGUCGCACCAGAAGAGGAUGGCGACAAGAAGCAGAAGAAGGAAAAGAAGCGGAAACGGGAAGAGGGCGAAGGCAAGGAAAAGAAGAAGAAGAAGCGCAGUUCCGAGGGCGAGGCCAAUGGCGAUGCUUGA